UGCCGUAUGUGGGAAGGUCUGCCAGCAACCUGCGCAUGGUCGUGGGUUUCCCCGGGGCUGAGCCCGGUUUCCACCCACCACAAUACUGGCCGCUGUCGUAUAAGUGAAAAAUUCUUGAGUACGGCGUAAAACACCAAUCAAAUAAAUAAAUAUACAUAUUGCAUAUUUCUUUUUAUGUGUUAUCUUCCUUGUCUUACGCCCUCACACACUGCCAUAUAAAGCACAGCUAGUUUGGAAACUAGAACCAACUAGACCCACAAAUUUAUGAGCUUUUGACAAUUGGGGGCUCGUUUGGGAAAGCUAGAAAUUUGUGAGUGAGAUAAAUUAAUUUUGGAAAAUUUUUGAGGAUUUCUGGUGUUUCGACGUAAAGGCAGUGUGACUUGGUGCGACAGGAGAGAUAAUUCCCCAGUAGUAGUAUAGGGCAGAAGGCAUAUUUCCAUUGAGAGUAGUCAGUCCCCAGAAUAGCUGAGCUCGCUGGCAGAUAUGGAUCUUGCAAAAUUAGUAGAGUUAUGGAAGGAUAUGGGCUACGAUGGCCCGGCAUUGCAAGACUUUGUGAAAGAGCAGCAGGCUAAAGACAGGGAGGAAAAGGCAGCUUCCAGGGAUGCUGAGAGAGAAAGGGCUCAACGUGAGGUUGCAACUGAGCGAGAAAGGGCUCAACGUGAAGCCGGAGCUAGGCAGCGCGAACUAGAGUUGCAGAUUCCGUUAGAGCAGGCUAGAAAUCAGGGAGGGGGGAGUUUAGCUGUAGCUAUGAAAUCCCCUUUGCCCAAGUUGCACAAAUUUGAUGAAGGGAAGGAUGACGUGGAUGAUUUCCUAGAGAGAUUUGAGCGUUUUGCUCAGAGCCAAAAGUGGCCGGGAGAGAGCUGGGCGGUGUGUUUGAGUCCCCUUUUGACAGGCAGGGGCUUCCAGGUGUAUUCCAAUAUGCCAACUAGAGAGGUCAAUGAGUAUGAUCGGUUGAAAACGACGUUGCUGAAACGCUAUGAGCUUAAUGAAGAAGGGUUCAGGAAAAAGUUCAGGGAAUCAAAACCUGACACAGGUCAAACCGCAUCACAGUUUGUGGGCAAAUUACAAAUCUUCUUUACUAGAUGGAUGCAGUUAGCGAAAGUCACUGAGGACUAUGAUAGCCUGAAAAACAUGAUGUUGAGAGAUCAGUUCAUUUCUAUUUGAAAUCAUGAAGAUUUGGCUAUGUUUUUGAAAGAACGAAUGCCUGAACUUACCAGCAUUGAAAAGAUGGCUCAUGUUGCUAAGCAGUAUGUUGAAGCUCAUGGCUGUACUUUGUUCAACAAGAACAAAAAGAAAGACACUUUGGGCUCAUCCAAAGGUGGUGACACAAAGCCCAAGCAGUCAAGUCCAGGUAGCUCUCUGGGUAACCCGGCUCAAGGUAGCACCGAUGGUAGCAGGAAGCCCCUUGAAUGUUACAUCUGUCACAGAUUGGGUCACAAAGCGAGGGACUGCAGGGUUAAGAUUCAGUCCGGUCAACACCAAACACAGAAGGUUGCUGGUGCUCAAUCCAUCCCUGGAGGGCGUGGCAGUGCUGGCAUUUGGUGCCAGUACAUGGGUAGUGACGGUGAACAAGGCAGAGCGGAUAAACAGGCUAUCUUGAGCCAGAAAGGGGCACCAUCUGACCAGAAGGUCACAGACAGCAAGUCUACAGCAGCCUAUCAAGCUACCAGCCAGCGGAUUGCCUCCAUUAGAGAGUGCAUGGAAGAUGGUCAGUUGAAAAUGGCCAAUGGUGAAUCCAUCCCAGUGAUAAGUGGUGCAUGUAAUCAUGAGUUACCACUUGAUCAUGGCAUGCCAGUGGGAGAAGGGUUUGUAGGUGAUACCAAGGUGCAGGUGUUACGGGAUUCUGGGUGUAGCAGUGCAACUGUUCGCAGCAGUUUGGUCCAGCCUGAACAAAUGACUGAAAAUGUAUACGCUUGUGUGCUGAUUGAUGGCACUAUACGCCAGUUUCCCAUUGCCAAAAUCCAGGUGGAUACCCCGUUCUACACAGGAGAGGUUGAGGCUGUGCGCAUGCAAAAGCCCAUAUGUGAUCUGGUCAUAGAGCGUAGAGACUCGGCGGGUGAGGUCAAACAGAUAGUUGUACCAAGGGAGUACAGGAAGCAAGUUAUGAGUGUCGCUCAUGAGUCUGUAGUGGGUGGUCAUCUAGGCUCAAAUAAGACAGUGGACAGAAUCACGAGCAGUUUUCACUGGCCUGGUAUCACAAGUGAUGUGACCAGAUUCUGUCAGUCAUGUGAUAUCUGUCAAAGGAUUAUACCCAAGGCUCAAGGAAAUGUGUGCUGA